UCAUUCCCAAAUAUCUCUUGCAAUAAAUAUCAAAUCCCUAAAUCUCACUUCAAUUUAAUUCGUUUCGAUUCUUUGCUCUUCUUUUAUUUCGCGCUCUAUUCGAUACCCAACUUAAAAUUUGAUCAGAAAGUGAAAUCUAUGAUGCAAGCUGGAAACCGGAAUCGCGGAGAAUCAUCCACGCCGUUGAUUAAUGAUAGCUUAAGAAUUGAGGAGAUUAUCCCUCAACUAUUCACCUCAGUUCCGUCCCUAAAUGAAGCUGCCUCUUAUAUUGCACAAACUACAUCAUUAAUAACCGGUUGUUUCUCUGACUUUUCUGUGGAACCUUCGUCUAGAAAUGUGGAAGAUUCCAGCGGAGAUGGUCAGGAGUUAGUUACGUUUUCAUCUGGGCUAUCCCAGGGAUCUCGUACUAGCUCUACUGAUCAUACGUCUUCAAGUGGAUAUCAUUUUACACGUGCAGAAUCAUCUGGUACUUCCCGUUACUCUGCCUCUAUAAAUGAUGGAACUAGAAGGACCUCUGCUGGAGAUUCUUCUCAAAUUUCUGGCACCCUCGUACAGUCAAAUCAAAAUGGUCAAACUGGCAUAUCUCUCUUUCAAGGCCUUAUAAAUCGGGUGCGAAGAACUGUCCAUGGAUCUGCUGAUGACAUAGGCUGGCUACAACGUGAUCCAGAGAUGCCGUCAGUUGAAGAUGGAUCAGAAAGAUUCACAGAGAUUCUGGACAGUAUCAGGCAUGGCGUUCACAGGUUGCCGAAUUCAGUGGUGUACUUGUUGGUUCCAGGUCUUUUCAGCAAUCAUGGUCCACUGUAUUUUGUCAACACAAAAAUGACUUUCUCAAAGAUGGGUCUCGCCUGUCAUAUUGCCAAGAUUCACAGCGAGGCUUCAGUCGAAAAAAAUGCUAGGGAGAUAAAGGAUUACAUUGAGGAAAUCUAUUGGGGUUCCAAGAAACGUGUUUUGCUUCUUGGACAUAGCAAAGGGGGAAUAGAUGCGGCAGCUGCUUUAUCAUUAUAUUGGUCUGAUUUGAAAGAUAAGGUCGCUGGUUUGGCAUUGGCCCAAAGUCCAUACGGUGGUAGUCCGAUUGCUUCAGAUAUUUUGCGGGAAGGGCAGCUUGGAGACUACGUUAAUCUACGGAAAUUAAUGGAGAUUCUGAUUUGUAAAGUGAUGAAGGGUGAUUUGCAAGCUCUUGAAGAUCUAACCUAUGACAAGAGGAAAGAAUUUUUGAAGAAACACCACUUGCCGAAGGAACUGCCUGUUGUUUCAUUUCACACAGAAGCUGCAAUCACUCCGGCUGUGCUGGCUACAUUGUCGCGCGUCGCACAUGCAGAGCUACCCAUGGUUGGUCCCCUUUCGGAGUCCCCGACACUACCGCUACCAGUGAUAAUGCCCCUUGGUGCAGCAAUGGCUGCCUGUGCUCAGCUGCUGCAGAUCAGGUAUGGUGAGAAGAGUGACGGGCUCGUCUUGUGUCGUGACGCAAAAGUCCCCGGUUCCGUUAUAGUGCGGCCAAAACGCAAACUGGACCAUGCGUGGAUGGUUUACUCGUCUUUGUCCGAUGACCCUGGUGAAGCUGAUGCCUCUCAAGUGUGCGAGGCUCUUUUGACUUUGCUUGUGGAAGUUGGGCAAAAGAAGAGACAUGAACAUGCCAUGAAAGAUGAAUGACCGUCUAUUGAUAGUUUCAAUCUCGUUAUUGCGCUAUUAAUGUAAAUUUGUAUUUCCAAAUAUAUCGUGUACUUAAUAGUUUUUUUUUU